CAGAUAGUCGGCCAAAAUGUCCUGUGUCGCUUUUAGUCCUAGAGCGUUGCUCGCUUUGCCCAAAGUUUCUCCAGUAUCGUCGUUUCGGCAUCUGAAUCGCACACCACAGAUUCACGGCCUGUUGUUCUCUGGAAGAUAUUGCCCAAAAUCCACCAUGACCACGACAUCCGCAUUCUUCAAAGCUAGUGACGACUUUGACCAAGUCCAGGCCUCUCGGCCAGACUUUAAGCGCGAUGCCGAGGUUAAGUUCACCAAGCCUCCAAAGCCAGACUGGAAGGAAGGCGAUGGCGGUAAUGACGGCGGCGAAAGCCUGAACAAGAAACAUAUCGAAAUCGACCCUUAUGCAGAGGGACGGCCUGUCUCCAAUAACUAUAAGCUCUUAAUCUCAGGGAUGGUCCCUAGACCGAUCGCUCUGAUUAGCACCAAGUCAAAAGACGGAAAGACAGAAAAUCUGGCACCGUUCAGCUACGCCCAAGUUAUCAACCACGAUCCUCCCCUUUUCACGGUUGGGUUUGUCGGUUCGCUUGAGAAGGCCAAGGAUAGUCUCAGGAACCUCACGGAGACAGGGGAGUGCGUGAUCAAUAUCAUCUCAGAGCACUUUGUUGAAGCCGCCAAUGCAACCGCAGUCAAUGCGCCGUAUGGAGUAUCAGAGUGGGAGAUAUCUGGGUUACACCAAGCACCUAGCUCCAUUGUUCAGGCGGCUCGCGUCAAAGAAUCAAUGCUGUCAAUCGAGGGGAAGCUCGUUGAAACCAAGGAAUUUGAAAGCAGAGGCACACCCGGAAAGAAAACCGGCGUUUUAGCUAUCAUUGAGGGCGUUCGGUUUUGGGCACGCGAAGAUGCGAUUGAUCAAGAGACGAACGUCAUAGAUCUCAAGGUUCUAAAGCCGAUUAGCCGUCUAGGAGGUCUUGCAUACGGGCGAACAACCGAGGCCGUUGAGAUCCCACGGCCGAAGUUUUGA